CUCUGUGGUCAUUAAAAAUCCCAUGGCACUUCUCAUAAAGAUGUCCUGGUGUCCUGGCCAAAGUCUCUCAAUCGGCCCUUACAGUCAUGGCCUCCCGAUCAUCCCCAUCCACUGGUGUCGUUAUCCUGUAGAGACCCCCCCCCCCCCCAUUACGAUUCACUCAAAACUGAAAAAUCUGUUAUCAUUUAAUCAUUUAUCAUGUGUGAUGAAAAAAACACACUAAAAUAGGUGGUAUGUGUGUAGCCUACAGUUCAGUACUGGACCUAUUUUUGUGACAAGUGAAAGUAAUGAAGUCCUGUACAUUUGUGUUUCAUUUCAACUUUUGUAUCUGGAGGUGGUUUUCCAUACCUGCUGCAGCUGCUCAGUCAACACCACUGAAAAACAACAAUUAAUCAACACAAAGGCUACAGGCCCGUAGCCAGCCUGAUUCAAACGCGGAAACACCAUGCGCAUGCGCGGAAGUAAGGGAAGCGAUUGGAUGUGAGCUGCGCGCGAAGAAAACAUUGCUUCAAACCAGCUUCCGCAAUCGCCGUGUUGAGACGCAUGCUUUUUCCAAAUGAAAAUCCGUAAAAAAUAAACAAAAACAUGGAAAGCAAUAACGUUGAAGAGGUCACCGAUAAGUUUGGGGGCUGUCUGUCUUUAGACACGGAGAAGAUGGGAAAAUACGACAGAUAUCGGCAGAAGGGGAAGGAGGCUGCCCUUAACGGUGAAUUGCCUCGUGCACUUGAGCUGUUUCAGCUGGCCUACCAGCUGCAGCCUAGUGAAAAGCUGAAGAAACGUAUUCAGGCCAUACAAGAUCUCAUUCAGAGAGAAGAUGAGGAAGAUGAGGAGGAGGAGGAGGAAUUUGUUAAUGUGAAUAAUAGUGGAUUAAAGCUUUAUAAAGGGCUCUAUGACAAACUGUAUGACCAUCAGAAAGAGGGAGUAGCGUUCCUGUACAGUCUUUACCGAGACGGAAGAAAAGGAGGGAUCCUGGCCGAUGACAUGGGCUUGGGGAAGACCAUCCAGGUCAUUUCAUUUUUGUCAGGGAUGUACGAUGCCGAGCUGGCCAAUCACACCCUGUUAGUCAUGCCGACUUCACUUAUCAAGAACUGGGUGCGCGAGUUUGCCAAGUGGACCCCUGGCAUGAGGGUGAAAGAGUUUCACGGCUCCAGCAAGACUGAGCGGAACAGAAACCUGGAGCGAAUCCAACGUAAGGGAGGAGUCAUCAUCACCACCUACCAGAUGCUCAUAAACAACUAUGAGCAACUUGGAUCAAAUGGCCAUCGUGAGUUCAAAUGGGACUACGUCAUUCUAGACGAGGCUCACAAAAUCAAAACCUCGUCCACUAAAACGGCUAAAAGUGCUCACGCCAUUCCUGCGAAAAACCGUGUGCUGCUGACAGGCACUCCAGUUCAAAAUAACCUUCGAGAGAUGUGGGCGCUGUUUGACUUCGCUUGCCAAGGAUCACUCUUGGGAACCUCCAAAACGUUCAAAACCGAGUAUGAGAAUCCAAUCACACGAGCAAGGGAGAAAGAUGCCACACCUGGGGAGAAAGCUCUCGGAUUGAGGAUUUCUCAGAACUUGACAGACAUCAUCAAACCGUAUUUUCUCAGGCGAACCAAAGCCGAUGUUCAGCAGAAAAAACUAAAGCUUGAAGAAGGCUUUGAAGAGGAAGAAGAUCAAGAGAAUAAAUGUCCAAAUGCUAGAGAAGGCGUAGAGAUGCCGUCGCUGACACGCAAAAACGAUCUAAUUGUGUGGACAUACCUCAGCUCGGUGCAGGAGGACAUUUAUAACAAGUUCAUCUCGCUGGAUCAGAUUAAGGAGUUGCUGACGACUACCAGGUCGCCGUUGGCGGAGCUCACAGUGUUAAAGAAGCUCUGUGAUCAUCCCAGACUCCUGUCUCAACGAGCUGUGAUUCAGCUGGGCCUGGAGCGAGGUUCUGACUCUGAAUUAGUCCAUUCAGAUGAGAGCGAGUCGGCUGUCAGUCAGAUCGAUAACAUUUCUGAUCACACUUUAAUUGAAGAGUCAGGGAAGCUGCAGUUUGUUGUCUCUCUUAUGGAAUGCCUCAGAGAAGAGGGUCAUCGGACUUUGAUUUUCUCCCAGUCAAGGAAGAUGCUGGAUAUUAUGGAACGCGUCCUGCGUAACAGAAACUUUCGCCUGCUGCGAUUGGACGGAACCGUGACACAACUGGCCGAAAGAGAGAAACGUAUCUCGCUAUUCCAGACCGACAAGCGCUACACAAUCUUCCUCCUCACCACUCAGGUGGGUGGUGUCGGAAUCACACUGACUGGAGCAAAUCGUGUUGUGAUCUUUGACCCCAGCUGGAAUCCUGCCACAGACGCUCAGGCUGUGGAUCGGGCUUACCGAAUUGGCCAAACCGAAAACGUCAUCAUCUACAGACUCAUCACCUGUGGCACUGUGGAGGAGAAGAUCUAUCGCAGACAGGUGUUUAAAGACUCUCUCAUCCGGCAGACAACCGGUGAUAAAAAGAACCCGUUUCGAUACUUCAGCAAGCAAGAGCUGCGUGAACUGUUCAAACUGGAGGACACACGCUCUUCCUCCACUCAGCAGCAGCUUCAGGCAAUGCAUGCACAAAGCCGCCGCUCUGACACCAGCCUGGACCAUCACAUCGCUCGCCUCCACAGCAUGGAGAUGUUCGGCAUUUCUGACCAUGACCUCAUGUUCACCAAAGAGCCAGCAGCUGACGAAGACGACCCAGAGGAUGCAGAGUCCCAUCACUACAUACAAACACGUGUCCAGAAAGCUCAAGAGCUCAUGCAGGCGGAAUCAGAACUGCACGGUCAGCUCUUGGACAGCAUGGCCCAAAACACUGAACCUGCUUGGCUCAGGCAGAUGGGGCAACCGAAUUCAUCCAUUAGAGACCGACCGGCUCCUCCACGCAUUAAAAAUGAGCCGGUGACUGUGGAUCUGACUCAUAACAGUUUCGAUGAGCCAGAAUUUGAGGAAGAUGAGCAGAACCUCCCAUCAGCUGAGGAUGCAGAGAUGGAAACUGCAAGUGAAGACGUGGAAGUUAUUGGUGAUGAAGAUUUAGGAGACAAAGUUAUCAGCAGCGAAGUGGAAGUUGUUGGUGAAGAGGUGGAAGUUGUUGCUGAAGAAGUGGAAGAUGCUGGUGAAGUGGAAGUCGUAAGUGAAGAAGUGGAAGGUGUUGGUGUAGAAGUGGAAGAUGUUGGUGUAGAAGUGGAAGAUGCUGGUGUAGAAGUGGAAGAUGCUGGUGUAGAAGUGGAAGAUGCUGGUGUAGAAGUGGAAGAUGCUGGUGAAGUAGAAGUUGUAAGUGGAGAAGGGCAAGUGCAACCCAAAUCUCCUCAAUCUGGAGGGGAAUGGAAUUUGCAAAUUGUAAAAACAGAGGUUAGCCCUAUUGCUGAAAAGUUUGCUGACGUGAUCACACUGGAUGACACAUCAGAUGAGGCAGACAGCUCAGAUUUUAAUACAGAAUCCAAGCAACAAAACUCUUCACAACGCUUCCAAAGUCCUUCUCUCCAGUUUCCAAAGUUGGAUGAUCUUUCAGGAGCAUCCAAUACUCUUGGUAACGAAGAGGUCGAGCCUGAGAAGUGCCAUUCACAAGUCCUCUCAUCACCCUUGUCUCAACAUGAAGCCACAACAGAUGAGCCUUUUAAAGCGGAGAUGGAAAUGCCUCAUGGAAACUUCAACCUGUUGCUUGAAGAUAGUGCAGACAUGUAUUUCCCUGAAGACGAGGAAGUUCAUGAAGUGGAGGAAUCUGCAGCAGAGGAAAGUCCUGAGUUUCAGCUUCAGAUGGAUGUCAGUGGAGAAAGGCUAGAAGAACCAAGUAUCAACCAUGACAAACAAAACAAUGGGGAGUUUGUCAAUUAUAACGACAGUGAAGUCAGCAAACGUGAAUCUCUUUUAAAGAUCCGUUCUACUCCGAAUGAAUCUGUGGAUGAUUCCUUUGUGCAUUCUGUGCGGACGAAGAAGAGGCAGGUCAUCUCUGACACUGAAGAAGAAGAAGAAGAGGAGGAGGAAUCAGAGAAGCCAUGUUUAACUAGCAGUCCGUUUAUUGAUGCAAUCAGCAGGUUGGGUUCUUCUACACCCAAAGCUGUUUUGGUUGAUGGUGCAAGACUCCGUCGCAGUUUAAAUGCUUCCGUGGCAUCAAGAAGGUCCUUUGUCGUGUCCUUGCUGGAGAAUGAGUCUGAUGAGGAGUCUAACGAAGAUAAAACCAAAUCCUCAGGAGCCAGUGAGACUUGUGCAGAUGAAUUGGUGGAGGAAGUACAGACAUCAAGUGGAGAUAACUCCAAAUCCUAUGAGACAUCUGAAGCCAAUGGAACUCUUGCUGAUGAAUUGGUGGAGGAAGAAGGGGAGUACAGAGAAGGUAAAAAUACAUCUGAUAAGGUUUCUGAAAGCAAUGAAACUCAUUCUGAAGAAUUUGCAGAGGAAGAAAAGCCCAGUGGAGAUAAAAGCGAAUCUUAUGAGAUAUCCGAAGCCAGUGAAACUCAUACAGAUAAUUCAGAAGAAGAGAUUAUUGGGGAUCACACAGGAUCCUACAAGAUAUCUGAGUCCAGUGAAGCAGAUGAGUCGGUGGUGGAAGAAGAGGAACCCAGUGGAGAGACUUUAAACACAGAAGAGUCUGAAAUGGGUGAAGAGGAGGAAAGCGCAGAACUAAUAGCAGGCCAGGAGCAAGAAGAAUGGCACAGCGCUGUGCUUGAAUCCACUGGUGAUGUUGAACUAGAUUCUAAUGAAACAAUGGACCAGUGCGCUCCUAAAACAGUCCCUGUGGAAACGCAUGUUCUUCCUGUCAGCUCCACAAACACCGCUGCUGAAGCUUCUGACAACAAGUACAAUUUGCUGGUUCUGUCUGGGAAACAAAGUUUGGCAGAAGGGAGGAAGCAGGAAGCUCUGGAUUUCUUUCUAAAGGCAAUAGACAUUAAUACUGGCGAUCCUGAGAUCCAACUCUUGAUUAUUCAGCUGUACAGACAACUGAGCCAGUAAAGAGAUUCAAAUGUGCACAGCCAUAUUUAAUUGUUUACUAUAUCUGUAACAUGAAUAAACUCUUUAACUUUUUUUCUCUGUCUGUUAAAACAAAAUAGACUGAAUUUGACUAAAACAUUCAGCACUGCCCGAAAAAUUUAUGUUCUGAAAAAUGUUUGCUGCUUACAUUUCUUGUUGCUUUGGUUUAACAGUACUGUUCACUUUAUCUGAGAUAAGACAUACAAUAAUCUUGGAGAAAAAUUAAUAAAUUCUCAACUGUUUUGUAACUUG